AUGGAAGCUGAGCUAUCCAUACUGUUUAACGAUAUUCGCAUCCUUCAGAUGGGGAGGAUGUUUCAAUUGGCAGCAACAUUCGUUGUCUUGUAUGAUCAUGUGCUCUGUGCUCAGAGAGAGGUGGACUUGAUUUGGAAAAGACCAAAGUCUCUUGUGUCAUACCUUUACUUUACGACCCGCUACUUUGGGGAUGCUAUCUCAAUAAUUAGUGCAAUAUUAUUUAUGAGCUCGACAUUUUCAGUCAAUUUCCCGUUAGACUCUUCUGCAGACACUCUUCUUUCAAAGUUGAUAUCAUUCACAGGUCGUAUUCUAUUUCAGUUCCAAUCCUACGGGCCUUUUGUGUCAGUAUGGGCCACACAAACGAUCAUGCAACUGCGCAUUUAUGCUAUGUAUCGCAAGUCCAAGAAGAUUCUGGGGUUCACAGGAAUCUGCUUUAUCCUCGAAAUCGCAGCCAUUUGUACGGUCCUGGCGCUAAAUUUUGACCACUCCUUAACAUAUACCAAUGAACCCAUACCUGGGUUUCUUAACAUGUGCGCAACGUCGACUAUCGAUAGAAGCUUCACGGCCAUCUACGUGCCUAUCUUUUGUUUCGAGCUUCUCCUUUUUGCCCUUGCCAUAUCCGUUGUAUUCAAGCACAUGAAGAACACCCGUACAAUUUCUGGGAAAAGGGUUCACAACACGAUGGCGACACUGGUCAAGUACAACACGAUCUACUUCUUUGUCGAAAUGGCCGGAUGUGGUAUCGCCACAGCGUUGUAUCUUGGUCUUCCAGCAAUUUACUUGGAGAUCACGAAUUCGGCCCUUAUUGCAACUACGAUCAUCCUUGGGACCCGGCUCGUGCUUGGCACGCGUAAUUUCUAUUCUGACCCAUCCGCGGAAGACGAUUCAAACAUGAGCCAUGGGACCACUGGUUUGAGCCCUAGCUUCAUCCAACCUUCAUUACCUGGAUCAUUCUCCAAUCAUAUCGAGAUGUCGAUGACCAGUACCAAGGGAUAUUAUCUGGAUACAAGUGAUAACGCUGUAUAA